CCCCUCGUCACCCACCUCCCAAAAGCACUAUUCUGCCGAAGAAACUGAUGAAAGCUAAACAAAAGGAAGCAGCUUGAACGAGGAAUAACAAAGGAGAAGUCUGCCAUAAUCCCACCCACCGAGAUGGCUUCAGAGACGGAGAUCGAAGAGACUCCUCCGGUUAUUGAUUCUCGGUCCUACGACGGCGAUGUCGGGAACAAGACCGUCAACGACAACCUUUUACUGUUCCAGAGAGUGAGGAAAAGAUUCGACAAAGUCGGCAUGGAGUUUCCAAAGGUGGAGGUAAGGUUCAAGAACAUUAGUGUAGAGGCAGAGUGCGAGGUGGUCCGUGGAAAGCCUCUCCCUACUCUCUGGAAUUCAUUCAUCUCCGUUUUCAUGUUUGCCAAACAGCGAACAAGGAGGAGUAUCUUGAGGGAUGUUAGCGGCGUAAUUCGACCAGGAAGAAUGACGUUGUUGCUCGGCCCUCCUGGUUGCGGCAAGACCACGCUUCUUCUGGCGCUCUCUGGUAGACUCCGCAACACUUCUUUGCAGGUUGAGGGAGAAAUAAACUACAAUGAACACUCGUUUUCGAGCUUUGUUCCAGAAAAAACAGCGAGUUACGUGAGCCAAAACGACGUUCAUAUCCCCGAGUUAAGCGUAAGAGAGACUCUCGACUUCUCUGCAUGCUGCCAAGGCUCCACAUAUAGUGACGAAACCAUUAAAGAGAUCAAUGAGAAAGAAAAGCUGAAAGGAAUAGAACCCGAUCCCGAAACCGAGACGUACAUGAAGGCGGGCUCAGUGGAGGGGAUGAAGAAUAACAUCCAAACCGAUUAUAUUCUCAAGAUCCUGGGGCUCGAUACGUGUGCGAAUACUCGGGUGGGAGAUGAAGUGAUACGGGGAAUAUCUGGUGGGCAAAGGAAAAGAUUGACAACAGGCGAGAUGAUUGUCGGUCCGAUUAGGAACUUAUUCAUGGACGAAAUCUCCAACGGUUUGGACAGCUCCACCACAUUCCAGAUCAUCUCUUGUCUCCGACAUUUCGCGUGCAUGGGCGAUGCCACUGUCUUAAUAUCGCUCCUUCAGCCGGCGCCGGAAACAUUUGAGCUGUUCGACGAUUUGAUUCUUAUGGCAGAAGGAAAGGUAGUUUAUCACGGCCCACGGACCGAAAUCUGCAGUUUCUUCGAGGACUGCGGAUUCAAGUGCCCGAAAAGAAAAGGUGUGGCGGACUUCAUUCAAGAAGUGAUCUCCAAGAAAGAUCAAGAACAAUAUUGGUGGCGGACAGACCAACCAUACGGCUAUGUCUCCACAGACCAAUUCAUUGACCGAUUCAGAAAAUCGCAUCUUGGAUUGGAGCUAGAGGAGCUCCUCUCAAAGCCUUUCGAGAGUUCCCGAGCGCACGAGGACUCGUUGUGCUUUAGAAAGUAUUCACUAAGCAAAUGGGACAUGCUCAAAGCUUGCACGAGGAGAGAGCUUCUCUUGAUGAAGAGGAAUUCUUUCGUUUACGUGUUUAAAUCCGGAUUGUUGCUUAUCGUUGCGGCAAUUACAAUGACGGUGUUUCUUCACACCGGAGAUAGAACAGAUGUGUUGGAUGCAAACUACCUAAUGGGAUCUCUGUUCUAUGCCCUUUUCGUCAUCCUAGUAGACGGAUAUCCCGAACUAACGUUUACGUUGUCUAGACUUACCGUUUUCGGGAAACAAAAGGAAAUAUACUUCUAUCCUGCUUGGGCAUAUGCAGUUCCUUCGAUCAUAUUGAAGAUUCCGUUGUCACUCAUGGAAUCUUUCGUUUGGAGUUCGAUGACUUAUUUUGUCAUCGGUUACAGCCGCGAGGCAUCAAGGUUCUUUAAGCACUUCCUCAUAUUGUUUUCGCUCCAUUUGUCUUCCAUAUCAAUGUUUCGUGCCAUUGCCGCAUUAUUACGUACUUUCGUUGCCUCCACGACCAUGGGAGCAAUCUCCAUACUUGUUGUUGCCUUAUUUGGAGGAUUCCUCAUACCAAAACAUUCCAUGCCUUCUUGGCUUGAAUGGGGAUUUUGGCUUUCUCCAUUGUCAUAUGUGGAGAUUGGUAUUACCACAAACGAGUUCUUGGCUCAACGGUGGAGAGAGGUGAUCCAUGGAAACAUUACUCUCGGGGAACAAGUGUUGAGUGCUCGGGGGUUAAACUUUGGUAGUCGUUUUUAUUGGGUGGCAUUCUGUAUUAUCAUCGGUUUUUCUGUGUUCUUCAAUGUCGUUUUCGUGUUGGCCUUAACCUUUUUGAAGGCUCCACAGAGGUCGAAACCAAUCAUUUCAGACAGAGAUUCGAAACCCAAACCUGAACUCGUUCCACAGCCUAAGAACAGAAAGGUGGUUUCACCAUUUGAACCCCUCAGCGUCACAUUCCAAGGGGUGCAAUAUUAUGUCGACGCUACUCCGGAGAUGAGGAAGAAGGGUUUGCAACAGAAUAAACUGCAACUUCUCUCGGACAUUACAGGUGCAUUUAGACCCGGUGUUCUGACAGCUUUAAUGGGCGCCAGUGGCGCCGGGAAGACAACUCUUUUCGACGUUCUGUCUGGAAGGAAAACCGGAGGUACUAUAGAAGGAGAGAUUCGUGUUGGAGGCUACGUUAAGGUUCAAGACACAUUCGCAAGGGUAUCGGGCUAUUGUGAACAGUUUGAUGUUCAUUCUCCCAAUUUAACAGUGGAAGAGUCUUUGAUGCAUUCCGCUUUCCUUCGACUCCCCGGUGACAUCGAUACCAAAACCAAGAAAGAAAUUGUCAAUGAAGUCCUCGAAACAAUAGAGCUUGAGGAGAUCAAGGAAUCCAUGGUGGGUAUACCUGGAAAAAGCGGUUUAUCCACUGAACAACGCAAAAGAUUGACAAUAGCUGUGGAACUUGUCGCAAAUCCGUCGAUCAUAUUUUUAGAUGAACCAACUACAGGACUUGAUGCGAGAGCCGCUGCCAUUGUAAUGAGAGCUGUCAAGAACAUUGUUAGUACAGGUCGAACAGUCGUUUGCACGAUCCACCAACCGAGCAUAGACAUCUUUGAGGCUUUCGACGAGUUGAUUCUGAUGAAAACCGGUGGAAAGCUCAUCUAUUAUGGGCCUAUCGGACAAAACUCAAGAAGUGUUAUCGAAUAUUUUGAGAACAUAUCUGGAGUCCCCAAGAUCCAAAGUAACUAUAAUCCAGCCACUUGGAUGUUGGAUGUCACUUCGAGAUCCAUGGAGAACGUUCUCGGGAUUGAUUUCGCGCAAACAUACAAGGAAUCUGCCUUGUUUAUGGAAAACAAAGUUGCGGUCGAACAAUUGAGCUCAGCCCCUCGGAACUCAAAAGAUUUGCACUUCUCUUCCCGUUAUCCUCAAAACGGGUGGGCUCAAUUCAAGGCGUGCCUCUGGAAACAGCAGUUGUCUUACUGGAGAAACCCAUCUUACAACCUGACACGUCUCGUUUUCGUUUCUCUGACCUCCGUACUGUUUGGCCUUCUCUACUGGCAGAAAGCGAAGAAGAUAAACAAUGAGCAAGAUGUUUUCAGCGUACUUGGCUCAAUGUACAUUUCGGUGUUCUUCAUGGGGAUGAACAACUGCUCCACAGUUCUAUUUGUAGUGGCAACAGAACGAAACGUCUUUUAUCGAGAACGAUUUGCUCGGAUGUACUCUUCGUGGGCGUAUUCAUGGGCUCAGGUAGUAGUGGAGCUGCCAUACUCGCUUAUCCAGUCCCUCGUUUUCAUAGCGAUUGUAUAUCCUAUGAUGGGUUACAGCAUGUCAAUUGCCAAAGUUUUAUGGACUUUCUACAUCAUCUUCUGGUCGUUCCUCAUCUUUAACUAUCUGGGCAUGCUCCUAGUAGCCAUAACGCCAACUCUGCACGUCGCAUUCACCUUGCGGUCAGCGUUUUACGCCAUGGUGAACCUGUUUUCCGGCUACUUGAUGCCAGAACCGAAUAUCCCAAAAUGGUGGUUGUGGAUGUAUUACCUCAAUCCUACUUCAUGGGUGUUGAAUGGAUUACUCACCACACAGUAUGGGGACAUGAACGAGGAGAUCAUUUCAGUGUUCGGACAAAGGGAGACGACGGUCUCUUCCUUCUUGGAGGAAUACUACGGCUACAGACAGGACAUGCAAGUGGUCGUGCGCACCGUUCUUGUUGCUUUCUCGAUCGUGUUGGCCUUUAUGUUUGCCUUCUUCAUGGGCAAACUCAAUUUCCAGAAGAAGUAGACCGGCAAAAGGAAUGCUUGCUUGUACUGCAUUAAUGAUUAUCCGUUUUUACAAAGACUUUGUCAAGAAACAAGAAUUUGUACUGUUCGAUGUCAAUCAAAAGUUCAA